CGCUCAUAGAAGCGCGGGUUUUAUUGUUAGCGAAUGCACUCUCGCGAUUUUCGACAUUUGUCACUCGUUAGUAAUUUUGAUGCUGGAUCGAAGCAAUCGUAUAGAAUUACUUGUUUAUUUUUAUCAACUGUAGACGGGAGACGACAGGUGUGUGAAAAUGCCGGAUACUAAGGCAAUUGCACAGCUGACAAUCACAACGUGAGCAGUUGUUCGUUUCGCGGAUCAUCCGGGGGAUAAUGAUUACAGAACAGACCUGGAGCAUGAUGCUGGACAGUGAUGUCGCGGGCAUCAAUGAGUUGAGUAUUUCCCCGAGGAAACAAUUAUGGAUCAAGGCUGUGAAGAAGCUAACUUCCGAGCGGCUGGGGAGGGAAGGAUUGGCGGCAUGGGAAGACCGGAAGUCCAACAACGAUCCGGAAGUUCCAGACAUCAACGAAACAACCGAUCCAAUUGAAGAUGCGGAUAUUCCUACCGACCCGGAUGUAGUUCUUGCUGAGGAACCUGUCGAUACUGAAUCUCAAGCACAACGAGAUGUUUUCAAGAAAGGCGUGCUUUACAAGGGAAUAUUUUGUCCAUCACUGUCAAAUAGCUUCCAUAGUAAACAAUUAGAGACGUCAUAUUUGCAUUACUCAAAUCGUCAACGGCAGAAAUCAUUGAUUAUGUUGAAUAUCGUUGAUCUUAGUCUAAAGAUCAUUCUUAUGGCGAUAUGGUUAUGGAAAAGGGACAAAAAUAGUAGUGGUUUAGUCGAAUCCUUAUCCUGGGCAUCCUGUUGUAUGGCGGCAAAUUUGGUUGUUUGCAUUCUUGGCUGGUGGCGGUGUUUCUCCAAUAAUUAUUUAUAUUGGGCUUCCAUAUUCACUUGGUUACUGAUCAAUUCACAAGGUUUUAUAGGAGCUGGUUUAGAUUUCUCUAGUCAACAACGUCUUAUGUGGUAUAUUUUGUUUGUCGUAUACGCGCCGUACGCUAUGCUGCCAUUACCUUUGAGAUGGUGUGUUCUUGCCGGUUAUGGGACAGCUUUAACUCACAUGGUGAUGGCGGGAAUAACUUUAUUACGAGAUCCAACAUAUUUGCAUGAUAUUACGUGCAUAGUUCGUAUGCUAACAACCAACGUCCUUCUUUAUCUUGCAAUGAAUCUAGCUGGCAUGUACACUAAGUAUUUGACAGACAGAGGACAGAGACAGGCUUUUCUUGAAACACACAGAUCUAUGGAAACCCGGCAACGGACUCAAAAUGAGAACAAUCGACAAGAAAAGUUACUUCUUUCUGUUUUACCAGAUUUCGUGGCUAAAGAAAUGAUCCGUGAUAUUGCUCGUGAAACUGCUCGAGGUGGAACGAUCUCUUUCACACCUAAUCAAUUUCAUAGAAUAUAUAUUCAUCGUUACGAAAAUGUUAGCAUACUUUUUGCUGAUAUCAAAGGUUUCACUGCUUUGGCCAGCCAGUGUAGCGCUCAAGAACUCGUCAAAGUAUUAAAUGACUUAUUCGCUCGUUUCGACAAGCUUUCUGCAGAAAAUCAUUGUUUACGUAUUAAGUUGCUUGGAGAUUGUUAUUAUUGUAUAUGUGGAUUACCAAUUGCCAGAAAUGAUCAUGCUCAUUGUUGUGUGGAAAUGGGUUUGCAUAUGAUUAAAGCAAUAAGAGAUGUGCGAUAUACAACAAAGGUUGAUUUAAAUAUGAGAAUAGGGAUUCAUAGUGGUUCAGUAUUGUGCGGCGUACUUGGUCUUCGAAAAUGGCAAUUUGAUGUUUGGUCUUAUGAUGUAACACUGGCUAAUCAUCUCGAAAGUGGAGGAAUACCAGGAAGAGUACAUAUAUCAGAGGAUACUUUAAAUUGUUUGAAUGACGUAUAUGAAGUGGAGCCAGGAAAUGGAACCGAAAGGGACAAUUAUUUAAAAGAAAGGAAUGUAGUUACGUAUUUAAUUAAACAAGUGGAACCUUUAAGAUCGAGACGACGAUAUUCUUCACGACCAAAAAUAUGGUCUGAAGAUGAUAUGAAUAAAGGUAAAAAGAGCUUCAAAUUGAACAAUCCAUUAGCUACGAAUAGUAGUGCUCCAAAUUCUUCCACUGAAGAUGAUAUUGGCGUAGAUUGGACACCAGAAAUACCAUUUGAAAAUUUAAAUACUGCGACAUCGGUUAGUAAUUUGGAAUCGGAAUACCUCGAGGAAGAAAAUGGUUCUGCAAAGAGUAAUAAAGCUGUAUCUGCUUCAUCCGUUGAAAAAUUGAAGACUGCAGGUCUUGAAACCGCGAGUAAUAAGCGCAUGAGAUCGGCGAAUAUAAAUGCUUGGACUUUGCGUUACAAUGACGAAAGUUUAGAAUCAAAGUUUGGUCAAUUACGCGAGGAUAUGUUUAAAUCCAAUAUGAUUUGUUGUUUUGUCGUAUGGAUAUUUAUUGCAAUUUGUCAAGCAGUAAUAUUGUCAGACUGCAUUAUUCUUUUGGCUUCGUUACUGUUGACGACGCUCAUUUUAGUAGCAUCGUCCAUUCUAGUGAUGGCGGAAGAAUUCAAAACUUUGCCAACAUAUUUACAACACGCUUCUUCGAUGUUAGUUCACAACAAGCAGCACCGAACAAUCUUCAUAUGCAGCGUAAUUAGUUUGAUGGCUUUGACAUCGAUCGUCAGUGUUUUAGCGUGUCCAAUGUCGAUUCGACAAUAUCCUGAAGCUCUGGAAUUACAACAGCAACCAUUAAUAAAUCCAACGUUGCAACCAGAGCGAUUGGUAGCGCCGACUGUUGGUCUUGAUCAAUUUAUUUUGACAUUUCUGGAAGCUGCCCUUCGCGAUGAGUCUUCAGAAGAACAAAAGGACAUUUCUUCUAAAGAGAAUCAAACUGUAUCCCAUAGUUCUAAUGGCGAAGAACUACGAACGAAUCUUAUCAAGGCGAAGGCUAGGCUGGCGAAAGGUCAAAGAAGAAAAGAGUUUUUCAGGGAUGAAGACAUCAUCUCGGGAAGAAUCCUGUCGACAUCGGAAACAAAACCUCAAGUAGAAUCUUUGUAUUCGCUGGACUAUGACGAGGACAUCGUUUUGGGGACUUGUGUUAGACCGGAAUACAUUGUAUUCACGUGGAUCUUAUGUUUGAUCGCAUUAGCUUCUGCAUUGAAAUUGUAUUAUUUAGUAAAGACGGCAUUGGCUACAAUUAUCGUGUCCGUUUAUGCCGUAUUGAUUCUCGUAGUUUGCAAGGAUUUUUUUACGAUUCCUAAUGAAGAGGAUUCGAUGUCGAUACCUCUCUCGGCACAAAUGCUUACGUUUCUAUUAGUAUUUUUGGUGAUGGUUACAUAUCACGGUAGAUUAGUAGAAGUAACAUCUAGAUUAGAUUUCCUUUGGAAACAGCAAGCUGAAAGAGAGUUAAGUGACAUGAUUGAAUCACGGCACAAUAACAUGCAACUAUUGAAAAAUAUAUUACCAGAUCACGUAGCUCAUCAUUUUUUAACCCAAGACAGAGCACCUGAGGAGUUAUAUUCUCAAUCACGUGAUAAAGUUGGAGUGAUGUUCGCUAGUGUGCCAAAUUUUACAGAAUUUUAUUCAGAAGAUGUUAAUAAAGGGAUGGAGUGUAUACGUUUAUUGAAUGAAAUUAUUGCUGAUUUUGACGAACUCCUGGAUGAAAAUCGAUUUCAUUGCAUAGAAAAGAUAAAAACAGUUGGAGCUACUUAUAUGGCAGCUUCUGGUCUCAAUCCUUGUCAAAAUGAUAAAAAUAAAGAUGAUAUGGAGCAUUUAUGUAGAUUAGUGGAUUAUGCAGUAGCUAUGCGACUCCGUCUUGAAGACGUAAACAUACAUUCGUUCAAUAAUUUUGAUUUAAGAGUAGGUAUAAGCUGUGGUCCAUUAGUAGGCGGUGUAAUCGGUGCUCGGAAACCUGUAUUCGAUAUUUGGGGUAACACGGUAAACUUGGCUUCCCGUAUGGACUCUACAGGUGUUAUGGGAAAAAUACAAGUUCCACAGGAUAUUGCUAGAUUUUUGGAAUCGAGAGGAUAUCAGACACAGAAGAGAGGACUUAUCGAAGUUAAAGGAAAAGGAACAAUGGAGACGUAUUUCGUAUUGGGCAAAGGGACUUUGCAACAAGAAAGUUCGACUAAGCACACUGCAAGGUGCCGAAGUCUUGCAGCAGUUGUUUAUGGUGUCGUUCAAGCACGUCGCAAGCAAAUGCGAGCACUUAGAAGGACAUAAGUAUCAUAUUUAUGUCAAAAAAUUUUUUUUGAUUCGUUGGUGCCUAGUUAUGUAUGUACAAACGGUUCACCUUUAAAUUAGCAGUUAACGUAUAAGGGCAGCAGCGUUUGUGUUGAUAAUCAUAAUGUACAGCACAGUCGAGCUCUGUGUAACUCUAUAUUACAUUAUUAUGGUAAACACAAUAUAUUUUAAUUAACUGUAAUAAUAAUUCAUGAUAAUAAUAGUUGUAAUGAUAAUAAUAAGGCUAGCUACAGCAUGAUCUCCCGCAUAAAGGGAUCACCCGAUCCAAACUGUACACUUUUACAACAUACUUCAUAAUAAUAAUCUAAUUACAUUAAUUAUAAUUAGGUAAUCAUUACAAUCUGAACCUAAUUAGAAGAAUGUUUGCGACACGUAGGAGGGACCGCAUGCCUUGACUUUUCGAGAAAUUAAUGCGAAAGACUAAAAAAACUCAUGUUUCCCAUAUAUUUUCUCUAUUUUAAAAUUCUACAUAUACUUGUGUCUAAAGUGAGGGAAGUUUUGUGUAUCUACAUUGAUUUCUCGAAAGCAAAGGUAUUUUUUUUUCUUUUAAAAUGUUCUUUUCUAUUCUUUCUUUUUUUUUUUCAUUUUGUCUCUUUUUUCAGGUAUAAAGGCACUGUACACGUAAACAUACAAUAUUAUAGAAGAGCGCUAUAGGCGGUCCAGAUGGUACUUUUUAAACAGUAAAACGUGCCCGUUUAAAAAUAUCAAUACGAUCUUUUUUCUUUCUUCCUUUUUCAUUUAUUUACUUUUUUCUUUCUUUUUGUUACGAUGCUACGCACUUAAAAUAGGGAGCGGUUUCCUUCGAUUCUAGCUGCAUUGGUCAACGCUAUAUUCUCUUCGAUAUUAUAUCUUAAACAUUAAGAAAAAAUAUAGAUGACUAUUAUAUCAGAAUGUGCAGAAUUCACGGUAACUAUUUAGGAGGAAAUAAUUGGUCAAUGCGAUCAGAAGUUAAGAAAACGCUCCGGUUUAAAGGUGGGAUUUGUUUAUCACAAUUUGGCAGUGAAUGUUUUCACAUUUAAAAUACAGUUUUAUAAGUUUUAAGCUACGUGUUUUGUGAAUUAGGUAUCAUAAUUUUUUUCGUUUUCAUUUUCCAUGCUAUGGUUUGCUACAUUUCACUUUACGUUACAGAUGAAUUCGAAAAUAUUACUUCUUCUUUGUUAUAGUCAGUUGUACAGAAAAAAUAAAUUUCUUUUUAUGUUUGUUUUGUUAAUUUCAUUUGGUAAGUCAGAACUUAAACACUUCAUACAUUAUUUAGCGAAAAUACGUUUUAUGUAUGUCCUUUAAUUUUUUGUUUUUGUUAUUUUUUCCUUUGUUUUUCGAAAUACUUACGCAAUUUCGUAUGUGCGCCAUUUUAUUAUGAAUUUCAAAAUAUUUCUGAAGAUGAAAUAAGUACAAAGGAAUUUCUUAAUUUCUUUUGAUAAUUUUCUAACAUUUGUGCGCAAUACUAAAUUGCAUAAUUUUCUAAAAUUCACCAAUGUUACAUUAUUCCUUGAUCAGUAUCAAAAUACAAGACUUUGAAAAAUCUGCUUAUAGUGCAGGAUAAACAACUGAGUGAUUAUUACAAAGAUGUAUUUGUUAUAUAAUUCUGCUCUCCUACUUAUUCUCUGAUUUUACAAAAAUCAAAUAUUUACAAUUACUUACAUUUUAUUAAAUGAUAAGUUAAUAUAACUACUGUUCUCAAAUUCUCUGGCUUUUUUUCAUUAAUUAAAUUUAUAAUUCAUUAUACGAAUAAUGAUGCGUAAUUUAAAUUUAAUUAAAUAAAAGAAAAUAUUAGAAUAUUAAGAUGUACAUAUAUAGUAUAUAUUUCGACUAGUGAAUGUAAACUAUCUAAAAACCAAUUAAAUUAUAACUAAAACACAA